AUGACUACCACACGCGCACAGGAGGAGAACAACGGCGGCGACAAGGGUACUGCGUCGACCGCUGCGCAGAAGCCAGGCAAUCGGGCCGCAAUGGCAACGGCGGCGAAGGGAACCAAGACGGCGCAGGGCAUGGAGAAGCAGUCGCGCGAUGGACACUGCGCCGAAGAGCCUGACUGGGCCGAGGUUCGGGAAGAGUUGUUCAAGGUCUCCCGGAUGAAAGGGAACCUUGAAGACGGACUGCAAGAGGUCACCCGAUCCAUUCGCCAGGUCGCGGACAGCGGGAGAUCAUCUGCGGACAAGGCUAACACCAACGCUGAUCGGAUGGUGUUGCUGAUCGAGAAGGUACUGAUGUAG